GGUCGGAGGCCGAGCAGUUGCCAUACCAGGCAGUGUUGCAACCAGUCAGGAUGCUCUCCAUAUAAAUUGAUGUAAUAAUGUGAUGUAAGCCCCUCUCUUAUUCGAAAUGUUAACCUUGGACACGUAAACACAAGACAACAUUAAUUUAGCUCGUUACAAACUCCAAGGCUAUCUUGACUAGUUAAACCCAGCCCGACAAUCUUCUUUGACAGUGGAGGUAAAUAUCUAAAGUCCAUGGUGUAAACGGAUUCAACUCACAGCAACAAACCCAGUCUAACAUUAAGCAAGGAAAUAAGUCAUUUCAGUGUGAUGCAUCAAUAUAUCAAUAGGUUACACAUAUAGGACACUCGCUAUUCACUAAGGACCAAAUCAUAAAUUGGGAAACAGGCACAUGCAUUAUGUAAAUGAGAAACUAAAGCAGGAAAAUAAAAAAUCUAGUUCUGAAAAAAUGUAUGUGGAUUUGGCCUAGAAGACUCAGCCAUGACCACAAUACUAGAAAUCCCCUUUAGAUGUUAUACAACUGCUAAUGCUCUUACUAUUGGUUUUCAAACAAUAUUUAGGCCUAAUUAUAAUGAAUGAAUACGCUUGUAUGGGAAUAAAUCUCAAAUCUUGCACUUUUAAAGUGCACAUUGUUUUUGGGUUAUGAGAGGCUCAGUCAGUGUGAAUGAAUGUUACAUAAUUCCCUCUGCAUAAUCUGUUUUUGGAGCAGGCAUUGAAUUCCAGAACACGUGCUUCAGAAGCAGUACCCCUUCUCUCCCUCCACUAUAGCACAGACCACGUCAGAAAUCUGGGUCAAAGUUAAUUUGUACUUUUCCUGCUGUGUGCCAAAGUGCAGCAUAUAUGUUUGGUGUAGUAGUCUCUGAAAACCCUCGAUAAGCAGAGAGAAAUGCAUGCACCCACGGAGAAGUGAAGAAACAGCCACUGCCAGGCUUUUAUUUUCCAUUGCCUUGGAAAUAUUCAACCUAUUUUUACGAAGUGCUCUCAUACCCAAAGGGGUUCUUUGGGGCCACUUACAACAAGGUACUCGUCAUAUCUUCAGACUCAAGGUCAACCUUGUUACGUGUAAAAGCAGACAAACCAUGAUAGUCACCGUGGCAGCCCCACCCUGCUUCCCUCCACAUCCUGCUCUCCUCCUACUGACCUGUCUCCUGUGGGUGUUCCCAGCUCAGAGCCAGGCUGGCAACAUCCUGGUGUACCCUGUGGACGGCAGCCAUUGGCUCAACAUGGACAUCCUCCUGCGAGAGCUGCACCUGCGGGGGCACUCUUUAACAGUGGUCCGCUCAUCCACUAGCUGGUACGUUCCUGAACACGCCCCCCACUACUCCUCAGUCACAUUGCCCGUGCCCGGGGCCAAUAGCCUGGAGGACCCGCAGUACAUGGCAUCCUUCCUGAAGAGGAGCCUAGAGAUAUGGACACGAGAGCGAUCCAUUUUGUCCUUCAUCGAGCUACAGAAGGAGACUAUUAAUUUGCUGGAGGAGGCCCAUCGCGGCAGUGCUGAAAUGGCCCGCUUAGCCAUGGAGGACAAACAGUUAAUGGAGAAGCUGAAGGGAGCCAAUUUUGAUUUAAUGUUGACAGAUCCUGGAUUUGCAGGAGGAGUUGUAUUGGGGAGUUACUUGGGUCUUCCUAUUGUGCUCAACGUUCGUUGGAUCACCAAUGCAGAGGGACACUUUGCGAUUGCACCUUCGCCCCUUUCUUACAUACCAACUAUUGGGUCGCUGGUCACAGAUAAAAUGAGUUUUGUCAACAAACUAAAAAACGUCUUGCAUUAUGGAAUCUCUCUUUAUAUUGAUUACGGCAUAACAAGACCUCUAUACCAGGGUGUGAUCAACGAAUUCAUCGAUCCAAACACCAAUAUCUAUUCUCUCAUUCAGGGGGCUGACCUAUGGCUGAUGAGAGUGGACUUUGUGUUUGAGUUCCCACGCCCCACCAUGCCCAACGUGGUCUACAUGGGGGGCUUCCAGUGUAAGCCCUCUAAGCCUUUGCCCGCAGAGUUAGAGGCAUUUGUGCAGAGCUCGGGGGAACAUGGGGUCGUGGUCAUGUCUUUGGGGAGUCUGCUGGGUAGCCUCCUCCCGGAGAUCUCAGAGGUAAUUGCAGCUGCCUUCGCCCGCCUGCCUCAGAAGGUGGUGUGGAGACAUACAGGAGAGAAGCCCUCUACUCUAGGCAACAACACACUACUGGUGAACUGGCUGCCUCAGAACGACCUACUUGGCCAUCCCAAAACAAGAGCCUUUGUGACACACGGGGGCACCAAUGGGAUCUAUGAAGCCAUCUACCAUGGGGUUCCCAUGUUAGGCCUUCCUCUCAUCUUUGACCAGUUUGACAACAUGCUUCGUCUACAGGCCAGGGGUGUGGCUAAGAUUCUCGAGGUGACGGCCCUAGAGGUGGAACCUAUGACACAGGCUCUGACAGACAUCCUGGACAAGAGUAAGCCCUACGGAGAGAAUAUGCUCAGGAUGUCAAAGCUCCACCACGAUACACCUCUCAAACCAAUGGACAACGCCAUCUUCUGGCUAGAAUUUGCUAUGAGGCACAAGGGUGCAGCACACUUGCGCACCGAGUCCUACAAGAUGCCCUGGUAUGCUUACCACAAUGUGGAUAUACUGGUACUUCUCCUGACUGUUGUUGUCUCUGUCCUGCUACUAACCCUAAUGACUUGCAGGGUUCUAGGUAGGGCUCUUUGCCGAAAGAAAAAGGAAAAACUGCAGUAGUCUCUGAAGAAUUCCAGUUUUACAUACUACAGUACAGUAUAUACAACUACGCAACUACUAUAUUCUACUACAAGACAAAUAGGCAUGAAACAUUGUCAAAAUCACAAAUGUUUAUAUUAGACUAGAGCCGGUUUCAGUCAUUCUCAAUUAUUCUAUUUCUUGUAAUAAAAUAGAAACAGCAGUAAAGCAUUUAAAAUCAAUGCAAUCUGCUCAAAAUGUCACAUUGUUUAUACAACAUUUUUAUUGACUUUUAAACAACGUAUUUUUGUAUUUGUGCAGACAAAUGUACCAGUCACAUAUCAAUGUAAAUAUUCACGUAAUACCACAAUCUCUUUUUUGGUCCAAAAAAGAAAAAGAAAAAAACACAACAUACGGCGAAUAUGGGCAAACAAUGUGAUGCAUUUCUUGCUUUUAUGUCCUUGGUUUCUGAGUAGAGGAUUUGACUAUGUUUGUGUGCUACAGGUGAAUAUUUAAAACAGAUAAAAAAUAAAGUGCUCCUUCCCAUCUGCUGUAUGGUAUGUAUUGACAAUAUCGCUCCAAUUUAUGAACAGUUCCAUUUGCUUGCACUACGCAAGAAAAAUGAAUUUAAAAAAGUUCCAAAGAAAACUAAAUAUAGCCUAUUGAAUUAUCUACAGGUUACAGAAGUUGUCUCAUGUUUCUGGGGAUCAUAAUCAGACAUGCAAUCUAUUAAGACAGGUGCUUAAAAACAAUAACAUAGAAACUAUAUAGUAGAUACCAGUUUGCAACUUUGUGUUAUAUUCCAUUAGGGAAACAUAUGAACAGCUGUAUUGCAUUGUAAUACUUGCUUUAAUGUGUGGUAUGGCAAACUUCUCUAUAACUUCAGUUGGCUGAGGGGACUCGUUUUUCAAAUCUAUCUAUCUAUCUAUAGAUAAUUGGUUACAAUUCCUUUUAAAUGUAUUUUUCUCAUCCAACAGCAAGAAAAAGUAGCAGUAAAACUGAAAUAAAAGAUGGCACGUGACAUAUUGCAAAACAA